UCGGUUUUAUCGUCAUCCGUUAUUAUCGUAGGUCUGAUUCAGUGGCCACGAGAGCGUGCCUCCAUCGCAGAUCGUUGAUCCGACCUCGGUCUCCGCGGUGCAUACGAGAACGAAUGAUUCGUUUUCCGUCGUCGUUAACUGGGUUAAACGAUCGUUCGGCGUCGCGCGGAGUCGCGUUUCAAGUUGUUCGUUGAUCCGUUUAACGAGCCAGACACCCGUCGAUCUAUAUAUUUCCUACGCGAUCCAACAGAGAAUCGAGAGAGAGACAGAGCACCGUAAGCCUCUCGAUCGCGAUCACAACUCGCAGGAGCGUGUCGUUGCACUGCCGAACGAUUCCCUUUACCGUGGAAAGAACCCUUCAAACACAACGGUCCCCCUCUCUUUUCCCAUGAAAUGUUGCUUACACUCGUAUUCCCACUUCUACAACAGGCUUGGGCGAUCUCUGAUAUUAGAAUUCUUUGUAUCGAAAACGUAGAUAUCAUCGUUGAUAACGCGAGGAUAAGGAUUUAGAGAAUAUCUGCAUCGAUAGAGAGUUUUGAUUAGGUAUAGAAAGUGAGAUUACGUAACUCGGUUGUUGGUCGAUUAAUCUAACUUCAAGGAUGACGAUGCCGUUUCUGAACAUCUAGAGAUUAGGCAUAUCAUUGAUUCUACAGUUCGGACCUUUCGAUUUCUUAUCGAUGAAAAUUGAGCGAUCAGCUAUUUGCGAGAAUGUGGCUUGAUGACCCUCUGGUGUUAAGUUCGGGAAUUUUUGUUGAAACGACUUUAUCUACGAGUGGAGGAGCGCACAUCGUAUUUCAAAAUUUCUCUAGAUUCUUACUUUCACCAAUUUCUAGUCCUUCACCUUCCCUAGUCUUCAGUUUCUUAUCUUCUCUAAAUUCCUUGUCGCUUACCUUCGCUAGAUUGUAGUCCCUGACCUACCGUAAUUCGUUACUUUUCCCAGUAUGUAUCUAGUCCUUUACCUUUUCCCUAGUGUCUAGUCCCUUAGUGUCCCUAGUUCUAUUUACCGCCUAGGGUAAAAAUGCUUGUCAACCAACUAAACGGUUCAGCGUUUCACAAUUAGAUGGAGCCACGUGCAUAUUCUAUCAUUUAACGCAUCUGUAACUGAUUUAGAAAACACGAAUAACACAUUCGUGUAUUUAUGCAGUAAUUUUAUUCACAACUCGCGAAUUUGUUCAAUGAAACACAUACGUAAUCCGUCAAUUACAUAUCAAGGCAUCAUAAUAUUUAAUCAUGCCGGUUUUUCAAGAGUCAUGUGCAGAGGGUCUUUCAGCAAAUUCAAGCUCAGACCAUUGUUAUAAUUCACCCUGGCUCUAUGUACCUCAGAAUGGGUAGAGCAUCCGACUUGAACCCCUGCACUAUGUUAAAUGGUAUAGCAAGAAGAAGACUACCCGGGGGUUUAGAGUAUAAGGACAGCUUACUACCCCCUGCAGUUCCACGAACAAAAGAAUUGACCCAAGCAAUGGAAGAGUCACGUCUACAGGUGUCUCAUACCCUGCAAUCUUGUCUCCAAUCCGAUGGAAGGAGAAGAUAUGCCACACCACCACAGCAGAUAGCUGCCUUUAACCGUAGAUCCAAUCCGGAAGUAUCCUCUCCUUGUAGUGUGGAGUGGAUAAAGACAAACAAAGAUGUUGUGAUUGGGGAUGACAUACUAUCUUUGAACCCAGAGGAUAACUUCAAUGUUCAUUUUCCAUACAAGAGAGGAGAACUUAAUGUUCACUCGGGUCCUGGAGGAAGUUUGAGAGCUGUAAUGGCUGAUCUAAAAACCAUUUGGGAAUACGUGCUUACAGACAAAAUGGACAUUCCUUUAAGAGACUUAAAACAUUACAGAGCAGUGCUAAUAAUUCCAGAUAUCUAUAAUAGGCAGUACCUGAAGGAAUUAACAACUUUAAUGCUCUGUGAGAUUGGAUUUGGAGCAUGCUUUCUUUUGCAGGAUCAUGUAGCAGCCACAUUCGGCGCAGGUUUAGGCUAUGCCUGCGUGGUCGACGUUGGCGAUCAAAAGACAUCUGUUUCCUGUGUAGAAGACGGAAUUUCCCACAGAAACACCAGAGUCAGAAUGGACUAUGGGGGUGGUGACAUAACUCAGACAUUUUUCUGGCUGCUGCAGAAAUGCGCAUUUCCAUACAAAACCUGCGACACCUCGAAUAAACUAGACGCUCUGCUUUUGAAUCAGCUAAAAAAAGAUUUUUGUCACGUCGAUCUAAACGUAUGCGGAUCGCAAGAAAAGACAUUCGUCGUUCGCAAACCUAAACAGCAGACAGAGAAAUACACGCUGCAAGUAGGCGACGAGUGUCUGGUAGCGCCACUUAGUUUGUUCCAACCAGAAUUGUUUAAAGUCACUGGAACCCAUAAUGUGCACAUACAAAAAAGAUCAAUGGGCGAUCCGGAGGACCCACAUGAUGAAAAUUAUUUGAGAGAGACUAGCAGGAGGGGUAUGAAAGAAAGUUUGGAGCAAACCUCUGAAUUGCAAGAGGAAGCAACAGCUCCAACAGCAGUCGGAGAAGAGGAGGUGGUAGUAGAUGCCGUAGACUCUGCGCCGAUUGCUUUGUCAAAUCGUGAUUUGGAUGCUCCACGAGAUUUUGUGGUUGGUCCACAGCAGCUGUUGGGCCUCGAUCACGCUGUGCUACAGAGCAUCGAUCGUUGUCCUACUGAAGAUUUGAAGAGAAAGAUGUACAGUUGCGUGCUGGUCGUGGGCUCAGGGAUGAAGUUUCAAGGCAUUGGUAUGUGGCUCCACAAUCGGAUUUCCCUUCAAAUCCCCUACAUGUACAGAGCUGAACAACUGGAUAUAAUAACACAGCCAAAGGAAAUGGAUCCGGGCAUGACUGCGUGGAAAGGCGCGGCGAUUCUAAGCUGUUUAGAGUCCGCUCAAGAGCUGUGGAUUGGUCGUCAAGAAUGGGAACACAUAGGCGUUAGAGUAUUAAGAGAAAGAGCACCGUUUAUGUGGUGAAACUUCAAAGUACAAAAUUUGUAUUUUUAUAUUUAAGUUUCUAUGUUUCGAAGCCCGACAUAGAACAUUUAUAACAUGUCCAUCAAUCUGAUCUUAUUGCUAUCAUUCCUGUGUUUAGUAGCGAUGUCCGCUUCGAUCAAAAAAUUUGCGAAGUCGAUGACGUCGGGUGUCAUGUCGACGUAAACGUCGUCUCCUCCUUUUGUGUACGAAAUCGUGAGAAGCUAGAAAUUUAUUGAUAUAAGCUACGUGAAUGAUCUGGUAGCAAAAUAUUUUUUUAACUUUACCGAAAGAAACUGUCUGAUUUCUUGAUUUUCUGGGAACAGGAUGUCGACCACGUCGUCCUGUAACAUUAAAUUAAUUAAGUCAUUGUAACAAAA